GUUUUGAUCUGCGAUCGUUACUGCCAUUUUGCUUUUGGUUUUGCCCUUUUGCGAGAACCGAGAAGUACAAAGUACAACGGUAAAGUUUCAGAUUUUAAAUAGCAACUUAGCCAGAGUGCUUUUUAUGAAAUAUUAAAGCAUAUUUAAAUAAUACAUUUUUUAUUAGUCAAAAUAUUAAUUUUCGUGUAAACAGUGCAACUUGUAAAACAUAGGCUGCAAUGGAAUUCAAAUGAUUAGAUUAUUCAUUCAAAGGAUUGAAUAAUUUUUACAAAAAAUAUAAACAAAUAAUUGAAAUAAAAGCAAUCAUAAACUACAGCUUUUACAAUGGUGCACCUACUUGGAAUCUCGUAAUUUGCACAUGAUGCGCCUUGGUGGACAAUCUAAGAUCAGCAAGGAUGAACUAAAAGUGGUUAAAAAGGAACAGUAAAAACAGGAAAAGUUGAAAAAUUGUGAUAAGUGAAUGAGUGAUUAGAGAAUGGAGCCUCUCAUCGAACUUGUUAGUGCUUUCCCAGUUUUGUACGACCCAAAGCAUACCGACUACCUGAGACUCUCACUGAAGGAACGCAUAUGGGAACAUAUCAGCCGGAAACUGGAUCUACAAAGUGGGGAAGUUGCCAAGGCUCACUGGAGAAAACUGCGGGACUCGCAUCGCGUGGCACUCAGGCGACAGAUGAAGAAGAGAAGUGACCAGAGCGACGCGCGCAUCCGCCCCUGGUUGUACCAGAAGAACAUGGAGUUCCUCCUGCCCUACAUGCCAAACUACCGCUCCUCAAGUGGCAUCGCAGACUUCGACUCACAAACAGAGGGUGAUGGCUUCGAGGAGACUGCCAACGUCACUCAUAACACCUUCGACGAUUACGCCAGUAUCGAGAAUGAGUUGAACUCGCACAUGUCUAAAAAAUCUUCCAGAACUUCCGAUAAUGAUGAUCACGACGACUCCUUCGAUUAUGCUAGUUUAGAAGAUGAGUUGAAAGGUCUUCCCCCUAAAAAGCAGUUAUCGAAAAGUAGUGUGAAAAGUGUUAGUGAUGAAUCAAUCAUCUUGAAAACGUUGAAAAACUUGGAAGAAAGAGCGGCAGCUAGAGAUAGUUUACGUAAAACAAUCGAAAAUAUGACUCAUAAACAGUCCAACGAUAACGAUCCGUUGUAUAGUUUUUUCAUAAGUAUGUACAAUACUACCAAAAAUUUACCCUUGCGGCAACAGUUGGAGGUUCGUCGACAAGUGUUCAAUUUAAUUACAAAAAUUGAGGAAAGUGUUCUGAUUGGGCAGGAGGUGGCUAGUAAUUCUACGUCACAAAACAGACAACAGAAUGUCGGCACAGAGUAUGCUAGUAGUAGUAUGGUUAGUUCAUUGACAACGAUAUUGUGAAGGUGACAACAGUGUUGUAAUGCAGAGCUAAUAAGUUGUUGUGGACUUAUAGAAAUAUCAAGCCUUGCUUUUGUGUCUGGCUUGCACUUGGAUUGCACUGCGGUGAGAUGAUCUAGAAUUACUGAAAUUUGUUGACGAGAAAACAAAGUCACCUUUGUGACAAAUUCACCAAUGGAGAUGGAACGUCUUAUUGAGCUAGUACGGACGUUUCCAGUGUUGUACGACCCCCGUCACAAGGACUACACAAGAACUACACUGAAGGAUCGUGUGUGGGAACAUAUCAGCAGGAAACUGAAUCUCCCUAAUGGUGAAGCAGCCAAAACGCACUGGGGCAAGCUAAGAAACUGUUACCGUGUUUCACUGUGGAGACAAAUGAAGAAAAGAAGCGACCAAAGCGACGCCUUCAUCCGCCCCUGGUUGUACCAGAAAAACAUGGAGUUCCUCCUACCCUACAUGCGAAACUACCGAUCUCUAGGGGAUGUCAUCGAUUUCAACGGCUCCCACGAAGAUGACCAUGACUAUGGGGAAGGCGGUGGUGGGGGUACGGCUAACGACACAUUCGACUAUGCAAGCAUUGUCAACGAUUUUGAAGCGUCUAAAAAACACGGAAACACUAGUAGCAAUCAUGAGACAUUCGAUUACGCCAAUUUGGAAUGUCAACUGAAAGAAAUUGGACCUAAAAAACUUUCGUCAAACUCUACUAAAAAAACUAAAUCAAAUACAAACUCGUCAUUAAAUAACGAUGAAAAAAUGAUACUGAAAACUUUCAAAAGUUUUGAGGAAAAAUCGGUCGCGAGGGACAUUCGAAACUCAAUCGGUAGUAUGAUUAGUUCACCGAAACAUCCCAACAAUGACGAUCCAUUGUUUAGUUUUUUCAUUAGUAUGUAUAAUACUACAAAAAGUCUACCCGUUAGACAACAGUUGGAAGUGCGGCGUCAGGUGUUCAAUCUAAUUACAAAAAUUGAAGAAAAUGUUUUGACAAAUGAACCGGUUUCUAAUAAUUCGAGUGCGGUUGUGGUUGUGAGGCAAGAUGGUACAAGACAUGUGAACUCAGCGUACAUUAGCGAUAGUAGUCAGUGGAGGCAAUAAACAUGUGAAUUUGUGUUCUGUGGCUUUACAGUAUUUUCUAGUCAACAAGAAAUACUUUAUAUCGUAGUGGCUUUUAUUUUGUCAUAUGGACAGUGCACAUGUUACAUAUGCAUUAUGCAUACCCACAAAGGAUUUUAAUUCUUUACCGAACUUGUUUUGUGGGAAACACUUUCACAUGUAUGACCAUAGCCACCUGUAUAAGAGGUGGCUAUGGUAUGACCCAUCACUCAUAUUUGGCAUAUAAUACUAAGAAGAUGAUCCUGUCGACCAAUCUACAUACUUCAACCUUCAUGUCAACCACCUCGAUUGCCCAUUAAAAAUUGAUUGGAAAUUAUUUGAAAUCACGUAAAUAACAAAAUGGCCACAGCUCCGAAGCAGACAAUCGUGGGAGGCACCCCGGCCGGAUGGCAGAGACCCACCGAUGUUAUGAAACGUUUCCAGGUGCAUCGACAGCGAGCCAGGGCCCUACAGAACCGUAUCACCCAGCCGAUACAGAAGAAAACUUUCAGUAAAUCAUUGAUUCCGAAACCUGUUGAAGCAAGCAAUAAGAGACCUCGUUCGAAGAUGAUGACGACGACUCAAAACCGUCCGAAGAUAUUAUGACUACACAGAAAGGUAGCAUUCCAGUUGAUUGGAAACUCAGGACAAGGGCAAGGUUCCUAUCUGAAAAGCCUCUGCCAUCAUUCAAUAAGAUGAAACCAUCCGAGCAGGCAUCAGGAGUUACUGGACUCGUGCGAUGCAUGUCACAAGAGGAGCGACUGGACUCUGGUGCGAACGCCCGCUUCCACUCGUGCUGCCUGGUGUGGCAGACGCCUUCGCUGCCCUGGCUGGAGCUGUGCCCCCGUCCCCCCGCCUCCGUCCUGGCCCCCGCCGCAGCCACCCCCGCCCACAAGGACGCCCUGCAUCGCGCCUGGACCGAGAGUCUAUACUCGGUCUUUCAGCUGGUGCGCGCGCAACAGUGUCCCUACUUCUACAUCGUGGGCGACUCGUUCACGUGCCUGUUCCGCGCAUCUGGCGUGUGCGGCAAGAGUGAGCCGAACGCAGCAAUGGUGCCCACCACACGGGGACUUCGCAAGAAGCUGCAGGCUGAAGAGAUCUCCUUCACCAUGCCUUUGCGUCGCGAGGACGAUGUCAAGAAGCAGGUGGUGGUAGAGGGGGAAGGGGAACUGAAGAAGGAGGACGGUGAAGAGGGAGAAGGAGAGGAAGGAGACGACGCCGAGGAAUGGCUGCAAAGUAUGGGUGUGGCUGAAGAAGAGGUGAAGAAACUUCGAAGUAUGGACGAUGAGGAGGAAGUUCGUAAACUAGGUAAAGACGGUGGACAGGACUCUUUGGUCUACGUGGAAGGUAUAGAAGCUCAAGCGCUUUUCAACUGGCUUCUAAACUGCAAAGCAGUAACUGUCGGGUCCGGAGUACCCCCCACCAUACUUGCCCCCGUGGCCUUCCUGGGGGCAACCCUUAAACCCCUAUCAGUACGCACCGGUCAGGUGGGUGGAUUUUGUUCUGUAGAGGUACGUGGUCCUCUACUCCCCAAUGCAAUCCACGCGCUAUGCAGGGUUUUAUCUAGUAUUGUACCUGAAUUCGCGGCCACUUUUGCUACACUAGACUCAACCACUGCGUUCGCACUCAUGGAUAAUGUCAAAAAAUCCACCAAACCUGAACAAGAUGCUGAGGAUCCCCAGGCAGCCUUCAACCGCGUUAACCUGCGGGACUGUGGACUCACGCCUGAUGUCCUGCCUUCCUUUUGCUCAGCGGCCAGUGUUCAUCCGUUUGAUAGUCUCAAGUAUUCCGAGGAGAAAUUCUCGUGGGUUUCAGACUCCAAGAGCUGAUUCACAAACUUUUUAGAACUUCAAUAAAGAUGAAAACCCCGAUUCUACUUCUUAGAAGCUACUUGAAUGAAAUCGGCUAUGUAAAAAUAAUUCUCAAGGACUCAUAUAACUAAUAAUUUCUAAGGACGGAAUCGUAUGAAACGCUUAUUAGAAUUUACUUCAACUCUGAACUAAAAAAUGAUUAGCUUGUUGAAAGACAAAACAACUUGGUUCUGUGAACUAGAAGAAAUUGUUGUUUGUAAGACUUUUAAACGUGAUUUUAAAACGAGUUUUAAUACAUUUUUUUUAUUAAACUUAGUUAUCGUGAACUAGAAGUCACUCUUCUCUCUUCAUAACUUUUUACAAUCAACUCUUCAUUAUAUAAUUUUUCAUGUACUUGCAAAAAUACUGUAUCUUUCUGAAAUUUAUUUGAAAAACCUCAAAGAUAUUGUACCUACUGGUAUUAAAAUUGAAUAAAAUAAAACGACUUGUCGAAAGCAAGAGAAGAUAAUGAAGAUAUGAAGCAUUUUAAGGUUUCUAUAUACGUUUUACUUGAUUUUCAAGUACUUCUGCACAUUUCAAUAGGUUUUACUGUGCUAAUUACCUGUCAUAUUCGAAUAUUCCAGUAUUGUAUAACUGAAAAAUAUAUUUCUAAGAUCAGGGUUGUUUGUUUCAGAUCAGUGCAAACAGUCGAAAGAUAUUGUUUAGAAACAAUAAUUGAAAUUGUGUUCAUAUUGUUCACUUGAACAUCAAUCAAUCAUUUUCUUAACGUAGAGUGACUUUCUAAAAUGUUUUCUAGCCGAUACGAACAAGAAAGUUAUUCGUUUUUACCUGCUAUUAUUUAAUUUUUUUGCUCUGAGCAUUUACAAACUGAAGUUGUAGAUGAAACUUGUGCAUCGAUGCACAAUAAUAUGUUAUUUCUCAAAAAUGGAGUUUCACUCCAAUAUGUUUUUCCUUUUUCGACGAGGUAAUUUGCAAUGCCACAGAAAUAUCAAUAAUUGUUUUUUAUUCAAGUGACUAAGAUGCUCUACUGUUUGUUCCAUUAUCUGGGCAUUCAGACCUCUCAAGAUAUUCGAAGAGUUGUUUAAGAUAUUAAAUUAACUUAGCUUUAAUUUGUAAAGUUUUAGUACAAAUAUGAAAACGAACUUGCCAUGAGCGAGAUAAAAUUAUGUAUUUCAGUAAAAAUUGAUUUAUUUUUCAUAA